AAGAAAAAAUAUGCUCCCUCCCCGACCCAUCCAUCUAAUCGGUGCAUGUAUCUAUCUGCCGCGCCGCCCUGAUCCAGUUCACGUCGGUGUCACCGUGUCGAGUGCCUGACGGGGGACUCUACGCGUGUGCUCCGCGACCGGGAGUGGGCAAGGGUGCCAGGUUAUUGAACGCUGGCGGACAUCUUCCAUCUUCAAUAAAGCAGCGUUGCCCGCCGCGCGCGCUGGCGCUUCUUCGCCGCGGCCAUAAUCAGGAAACCUCAAUCGCGCGUGUCAGUCAGUCGCCGAAGCUGUUCGACGGCCCCUCCUGGAGAUAGUCAGGAGUGGUCGUUACUGGAGCCGUUGCAUCUACACGCGCGGCUGCGUGUCCCCUUCGUGGUGUGGCUCUGCGCCCAAUAUCUCUUUUGCUCUGGCUGCCUGUGGCUUGAAGCUUCGUGCCCGUGACCUUUCAGGAGUGCGCCUUUGAAAGGUAGCACCACUUCUCUAUAGGAAAAGAAGGAAGCAGACACUUUCAGGUGGCGACCGCACCCGAAACCGCUGAGUCAUGGAGUUUGAAGAUGUCCUCGAAAAACUCGGUGGCUACGGAAAGUUCCAGAAAAUGCUGGUGUGGGGAUACCUGGCCCCCGCUUCCAUCCUCAUGCCGGGAUACUUCAUGAGCCAGAUCUUCAUGCUGUCCACGCCCAAGCACACCUGCCAGCUACCGGACUUUGUGCGCGCCUCAUACAACCUGACGGCCUCCGAAGCGCUAGUCCUGGGGGCUGCCCUUGUCAGCGAAGACAACUGCAGGGUGUUUCCGCCCACGGCCCUCAACUCGAGUUUAGUGAACCAAAUCUUGAACGGUCCUAACGCCGCAAACGGAUCGUCGUGGCUUGCGACCAGCGACAUCGAAUGGGAACCGUGUGAGAGGUUUGAAUAUGACAGAACUUUCUAUGACAACACCGCUUCGACUCAGUGGGACUUAAUCUGCGAACGCAAUCACCUUCCAAGUCUAGUGUUCACAAUUACAAGCAUAGGAAGCGCGCUAGGAACGAUUUUCUUCGGCACACUAUCAGAUAAGAUCGGCCGUCGGUUCACCUUCUUCAUCACCGUGGUGGUGGCCACCGUGUUCGGCAUAUCGUCCAUCCUCGUGACCAACUUCAUCGCUUUCAUCGUCCUGAGGUUCAUCAACGCCACCAUCAUGCCGCAGAUAUUCCAGAUCCCGUACGUGAUACUGCUGGAGCUGGUGGGUACCAAGCAGCGCACGGCCAUGCUUGCCGUGGGCUGGAUGUCGUGGACCGCUGGCCUGUGCCUGCUGCCGCUGGCGGCUUUUCUGACCCGCGACUGGACCGUACUCGGUCUCAUGUGCUCUGCAGCAGCGGCGCUCAACGCUGUCUACUGGAAGCUGCUGCCGGAGUCUCCGCGGUGGCUUUUAUCGCGGGACCGCUUCAGCGAAGCCACCCGCGUGCUGACACGCGUCGCGAAGACAAACGGCGUUUGCCCGCCCAAAAGCCUGGCCAACGACUUGGAGCGGGUCCAGAGGAAACUCGCAGAGGAAGAAAAAGUGGCCAAGUCGUCUACUGCUGACCUCAUGCGGAUGCCGAAAGUCCGUAGUAACUUUCUCAUCAUCACUCUCAGCUGGGUCGCCAACGCGGGGGCAUACUACGGCAUGAGCAUCAACGUGACCAACAUGAGCGGCAACGAGUUCGUAAACUUCUUCCUUCUGGCCCUCGUCGAGUUCCCAGCCUGCGUGAUCGCCUGGUGGGCCAUGGAGAAACUGGGGCGUCGCUGGAUGAACGUCUUUUUCCAGUUCAUGGUCAGCGCAUCGUGCAUCGCCUUCUGCCUCGUGCCCAAAGAGGCGCUAGUCACCGGCAUCGUCCUCGUGAUGUUGGCCAAGUUCUCUUGCACUGCGUCCGCCAUGGUCAUGUACCAGCAGGCGUCCGAAGUGAUGCCCACUCCUGUGCGCUCGUUUGCCCUCGGCGCAUCCUCGUCGGUCGCUUCGACGAUCACCAUCUGUAUGCCCUACAUCAUCUACCUUGGAAAGUACGGAGCCUGGAUCCCGUUUGCAGUAAUAGCCAUGCUCGCAACACUGGGAGGAGCAUUUUCUGUGUGGCUACCUGAAACCCGAGGUUAUCCUCUGUACCAGAACAUGGAGGACGCGCAGAAGUUUGCAGAAAAACAAAAGUUCUUCUCUUUCAAUAGGAGGCGCAAUGACCAACACCCUACUACUCUAGAUAACCAAACAAAUGAGAAGGAGAUGAACUUGAUCUCGAACGGCUGUGCUCUUUGAAAAGGUGUUAAGAAUUGCGCCCACAAUGUGAGCGCCGAUAAGUUUUUUUUUUUUUUUUCCCAAGUUACCUAAGCCUUGGACUGGAGCCGUCAACAUCUUCUCCCUGCGCCGAUCUAUCCUCGAGUGGCCAGCAGCUGCUGAAUAGUGAUGUGUGGCUCCUUUACAGUUUACCAGGCAUCCGUCCGGUUAUCCGGAUAAUGUGCAAACCGUCGGGCGCCAAGAUAACAAGAAAACGCAAUUUCGUUACAACAUUUGCCACUUAAUCUUACACUGGCGUGGUUAGUCCUUGGGAAGCGAGUUGUUGGACUGCAGCAUGUACGUAUGUCGGCAUGUCACGUAGCCGUGCUACUCCGGUACAUGACGUGGCUAGCACGCCGCUAUUUUUUAGGUAAUCACACGUACGAUGUCCUCUGUAUACUACAACAUUGUGCCAACUUGGGUCAAUUGGUACAUACUUAAGUUCUCUAUACUAGUAAUUUUUGUUCUAGUUCAUGUUUGAUAGCGGUCCAGUGGUUUACAAGGCAAGAAUUGAAACGAACACAAGUAACUAAAAUAGUAUUCGAGUGAGCUAGUCAAUUCGCACCUGAAGGAAUUGUAAUAAUAGUUGGACGUGUGAACAGAAGGUAAAACGACGGCCCGGCUAAGGUGGUGCUGAUUAUCCACUAGAGUUGAUAGUCAAAGGCCCUUUGACCUGGUUCUACUUUUUGUUCCUCAACCGCAGGCUCAACCGCAAAAAUUUACACUAACUAACGACCACGAAUUACCAUUCAAACAUAUCGAAGUCAUGCGACUGCACAGUCAGAAAGUUGAGCGCAACCCCGAUAAUAUCAGUGUGUCCAGGAUUUUAAGGGGUCACUAAAAUAAAAUACAGCUUAGACUGAUAAAGUAUUCUUACAAAAGUAUAUUCUCGUCAAUCUUGCGCAAAAAGGUUCGUUAGUAGAGGAGGAAAUGAAGACCAAACUUCUCCUUGUUGAAUUUCGCUCCGAAACCCCAACGCUCGUACGUCAGCGUAACGUCACAGAUUUCGAAGUGAUUUCAUGUACUUGGGAUUGUUGCGGGGUGGUGAAAGCUCUCGAAACUUCUCAAGUUGAGUCUUUCGCUCCUUUAGGAUAGUAUAUUGUCCACCUUUGUUGACAGAGAAAUAACUAGGCCCGGAGCACGCAGACGCCGUUAAAAUUCAUGACGUCACGUCGAGAUGGUGCGGAAACUUCAAGACAGUGGCACCACCAGUUCUUGGUCCUUGCGUCUUUUCUGGAUUAUCUAGCCUGCUCUCAACGGCAGGCGUAGCUUUCUUUUGGUAGUGUUGAGCUGUAAAUACAGCUCAACCUACAUUUUAUCUCUUUAGUGUCCCUUAAACACCACGGUGCCACCAGUGCUCCAGAACAGCACCAUACAAGUGCUGCUCUGCCAAAGAAGUGGGUGUGGAUGUUUGUCUAUUGCAAUUAUCAUCACACGUGGCCGUGGCUUCUCGCUCUUCCGGCUUAUUAUUUCCCCGAGCUUUCUGUACGAUCGCGUGUGACCUGUGAUUAAAAAAAAGGUUGUCUUUCUCACUGCUGUUCUCCACUGAAUGUAACUAGAAAAAUAAAAUAAAAUAACUCGAUUCCGUCGUUAUUAAAAGUACACUAAAAUAACAACUUAGACUGAUAAAUUAGUGUUUCGAGACAAUAUUUUCAUUAUUUUACAGUAAUGGGUUGUUUAUCGGGAGAGGAAAUAAAUGUCAAGGUUCCAUUUGCUGAAUUUUGUGCCGAAACCCCAAUGCUGGCAAGUCAGUGUGACGUCAUGGAUUUGAAAGUAUUCUUCAGUGUUUACACAAAGUGCGCCAAAAGGCGGGACACAGAAAGGGAACAGGACGAGCGAAGGCCUACAACUGAUUUAUUCAAAAAAAAAUAUCGUCGGCCCUUCCACUCCGGGAAGAUGGAUGAUAAGUGAAGCUUAUCACAACAAAUGGAGGGUAUACGUACCCGUUCACAAUGCUGAAAGCAGGCAGUUUUCCGUUGAUUAAAGAUUCCUUACACGUACCGCGAACUCUAAAUUCACCAAGGUCUUCUCGACUAGUAGCGUAAUGUUCAUUCAACACUUCCAAGGCAUUGUAUCGCUGUUCGUCGGAUCGAAUCACACCGAUAAGGGACAAGUUGUCGAACCACGAGCGCUUGCGUUCGAUGCCUCGAGUUUGCUCGGCCGCGUGGUUAGCAGCUUUCGCCCGCCAUUGCCUCUUGCGAUUCUUCAAGAUGUAAUUGCUUCAAGAUUAAAUCUGUCCGUCACGUAAGACAAUGAAUGGCUCAUACCCCUUAAGCAAUGGCUCAUACCCCUUAAGCAAUGGCUCAUACCCCUUAAGCAAUGGCUCAUACCCCCGUAAACGUGGCCUCCCCAUUACGAUGACAGAAGAGAAGUGAAAUUCUGCGCCGGAAUGAUGAGUGGCAACGGACCCAUGUGUGGAAGAAGACAACGGCGACGAACGUGGGAGCAAUGGCACGAGCGCGUUCGCGCGGUUGCACUCAGGCGCGUCAACAUGCCAGCUGCGGAAGAAGACGACGACGCUCGAGUCAUUGCUGAUGAUGACAGUUUCUGCGAACCGACAUAGACGUUCAGGCUAGCCAUAAACAAACUUCGCUUGCAAAAAAAAAACGAAAAAAUCACUUAUAUCCACGUUCGUCUGUUAGAUUUCUUACCUUGUACCCCACCUUGGGCCGAAGUAAACGUUCUUGCAACUUUCUAAAUUCAGUCUCUGGCUCUUUCAAAAUACAAUGCAGUACAAAUAAAAUAUUAACCGGGCUGAGCAAACUCUGUCAAAAUUUUAUGACGUCACGGAGAUCUGGUGCGAGGACUUCGAAGCAGCGUCGGCCAGCUGUGUAAUUUUUUUUUAACGUUUGUUAAUUUAAAAAAUAUAUUGUAGGGUUUUAGUUGCCAGAACCGCAAUAUGAUUAUGAGGCAUGCCUCAGCGUCGGACUGCGGGUUACUUUUGACAACCUGAGACUUGACGUGUUUCUGAUCACCCAGAGUGUUGUUGGUGUUCUUCGUUUCCUUGAUGGUGAAUGGCGUCUUUUUCCAGUUGUUUGAUUUGUUGUCAGUUAUGUUCUGCUGUUUUCGCUACAUGUUGUUUCUCUUACCUCCCUCACGCAAUACUCAAGUUGGUGCCUGUUAGGUAUGUGUAUUAAUUAAUUAAUUAAUUAAUGUUGGAAAUGGCAUGUCAGGAUUCACUUAAGUGACGCCACAGUGAACAUAUUAUUUUGUGUGGGAGCUAUGCUACUGCGAUAUGACUGAUGCCGGUCGCGGCAGCCGCCCGCAUUUCAGUGGGAAUAAAUGCAAAAAAAAAAAAUGUGCUCGUGUACCGUGCAUUGGGUGCACGCUAAAGAACCCCAGGUGGUCAGAAUAAUCCAGAGUUCCCCCACUACGACCUGCCUCAUAAUAAGACCGUGAUUUCAACAUGAAAACUCCCCAAACCCUUUUUUUUUUCUUUUGAGAAAUAAAAUGUUUUCAAACAGCUUAUUGAAACAGUCUGUCCAUCGCCUGUAGGU